AUGUCGCUGCGCCCUUUCGUACAAUUUGCGCAUGUCUUUCGCCAUGGCCAGAACAUUGGACCCAUAAUCCAACACCUGGGGCCCUUUACUCGAUCUUAUGACAGCAUUCGCGCAUACCAUCCUGCAAGGAAACACACCAACAGAGCUUCAUUCACACCGAGUUUACUUAGCGAUCGUUUGAGACCUGCACAUACAAUCCAAAACCAUGGCAAGAUCUCAUCAAUCAGUCAGUGCCGCCAUGAAUCCUCAAGCAGCGAUCCAGAGCUCUGCGCCCACUGCCGAGGCAAAAUAAACCCGAAGCACCGAAGGCUAGUCGAUUCCAACGACCGCACGAAAGGCUGGCACUGCAGAGCAUGCAUCCGCAUCGUUAAAGCUCAAGGCGCCCUUCCAAACGAGCAACAACUUGCAUCCAUGCGCCGACGAAGACUGUGGAAGGAAAGCGGCGAGUUGCAUAAGUCAAGCCCGUGCCGUAAAUGCGGAAUUGAGACUGCCCCGACAUCAAGGCGUCAAUUCGUCGACCCGGACAAUCCCUAUGCUGGCUUCCACUGCCGAGCAUGUGUCCAGCGUGCAAUACUCCCGGCCGAGCUAGAAAUACAAAAUGCCCAAUAUGGGAUCUGGCAUGGUGGUCUUGGGCCUGGGAUUCCGAUUGCGCACAAACGCGAAUAUCCUUGUGAUCACUGUGGUGAACCUGUUACACCGGAAAAGAAGCGGCGUUAUGUUGAUUCCGGGAAUUCAUCGGCUGGAUAUUACUGUCGGUCUUGUGCGCGGCGCUUGUGUCUUGAGGAUAAGUUGCCAACCGAGGCACAAUUAAAGGCUAUCAAGGUGCUACGUGGGAAACUGGCUAAGUUUGUGACUGCACGGAAACAGAAAAACCCUUGUCAGCACUGUGGCGAUAUAACUUUGCCCGGGAGCAGGCGCACGCUUGUCAAGUCUGGGGACUUUUCUUCUGGGUAUUACUGUCGGCCUUGUGCUCAGCAUCAGCGGAUGAAGGAUGAAUUGCCUAGUGAGAUGGCGAUUAGAGAUCGUAGGCUGCGCAAACAUCUCAAAUUGAAACGUCUGCGUUUGUUGGAAUAUCAGCAGAAACUGCAGUCCGAGACGGAGCAGGCAGAGCAGGCCAAGUCAACAGAGACCCCUGAAGAGAAGGAUCAAGGCUGA